UUUUUGACAAUGACAUUACCUAAUAUAGAUAAUAACCUAACUUGUUAAUAUUUUUAUCUUUACUGAUUCAAAAAUAAAUACAAUAAAAUUAAUUACUACACUGACUUUUCAUAAUAAUUAGAUAUUUUCAUGAAAUGGAUAAUAAUGAAGGCAAAGAAUUUUCCGAGAUCGGUAUAAAGUCAUGGCUUAUAAAACAACUGCACACCCUUGGUAUUAGGACUCCUACACCUAUCCAAAAGGGCUGUUUAAGUAAUAUAUUGGCAGGCAAUGAUUGCAUUGGUGCAGCGAAGACAGGUUCUGGAAAAACAUUUGCAUUCGCUUUACCUAUACUGCAGCAUUUGGCAGAGGAUCCUUAUGGCAUUUUUGCUUUGGUUCUCACACCUACUCAUGAGUUGGCUUAUCAGAUAGCAGACCAAUUCAGCAUCCUGGGCCAACCAUUGAAACUCCGAGUGUGCAUUGUGACAGGAGGAUCUGAUCAACUCGAGGAGUCCUUGAAGUUAGCAAAUAAGCCCCAUAUUGUAGUGGCUAUGCCAGGGCGACUGGCCGAUCAUAUAACUGGCUGUGAUACAUUCUCAUUGAGGAAAGUGAAGUAUUUGGUGCUGGAUGAAGCUGACAGGCUGUUUAGUGAAUCAUUUCAAGAUGACCUGGAGACCAUUUUCAAUGCUUUACCACAAAAGAGACAAAACCUUUUGUUUUCUGCUACAAUUACAGAGGAUGUGAAAGAGUCAAAAAUACUUCCAUUGAACAAAGAUAAACUUCACAUUUGGCGGGAGAUUGACGACCAAUUGACAGUGUCGACGCUUGAUCAACGCUACGUGGUGUGUCCAGCGUACGCCCGCGACGUGUACCUCGUGCAGACCUUGCGCAAGUACAGGGAAACGAAACCUAGUUCACAUAUUAUAGUAUUCACUGAUACUAAGAAAGAAUGCCAAGUGCUGUCCAUGAUGCUGAACGCCAUCAGCAUGGACAAUGUGUGCCUACAUGGCUUCAUGCGGCAAAAGGAGCGCGUGGCGGCGCUCACGCAGUUCAGGAGCAACCUUAAGUGCACGCUGGUCGCGACCAACGUGGCCGCCAGGGGCCUCGACAUACCCACUGUGGAUCUGGUGAUCAAUCACAAGCUGCCGCUGGAGCCCAAGGAGUAUAUUCACAGGGUGGGGCGAACAGCGCGUGCCGGCCGAAGCGGUAUGGCUAUAUCUCUCAUCACUCCGUACGACAUACUGCGGCUCGGCGAGAUCGAAGCUGAAAUCAAGACGAAACUCACAGAAUACAAGAUCGAUGAUGAUGAAGCGGUGAAGGUGUUCACCACAGUGAGCGUGACCCGCCGCGAGCAGGAGGCGCAGCUGGACAACGAGGAGUUUGAACAGCGCAAGAAGAACUACCGCAUCAAGCGAUGGAUACAAGCGGGCGUUGACCCCGAUGUGAUGGAGGAGGGUUUGGAAGAAAUGCGUCGGAAACGUAUUAAAGCAGCUAAGAAGGCUAAAUUGGCUAGAAUAAAGCAGAUUCAAUCUAAAAUGAAGGAGGAUACGGAACAGAGAGACAACCGGUUGCAACAGAGCGAGACGGAAGAUGGCGAUAUUGAUGCAUCAAUAAAGGAUGGAAUGAAAAAAGUCAAUAAAAGUUUAAUGAAGAAAGAUGACAGAUUCAAGAAUGUGAUAGGAAAGAUAAGUAAAAUAAAGAGGAAAGCGAAUACUGUUAAAGAAAUAAAGACAGAAAACAUGCCAAGAAAGAAAAAGAGGAAAAAUGUUACAGUUAAUUAGGUUUUAUUAAAUAUUUAUAGAUU